AUGGAUAAGAUUGCCUCAGGUCUUAAAACAACUGCAAAGUAUGGUGCCAAAGGUGCUAAAUCAGGGUACAAUGCAGGUAAAAACCAUUACAAGAAAAGUAAAGAAAAACGUGAUGAAAGAGAUGGAGAUGGCAAUCGCAGACAUAGUAGUAGAUAUAGUGACGAAGAUGAUUACUACAGUGAUGAUGAUCGUAGAAGAGAUCGCCGUGACAGAGAUCGAGACUCCUACAGAGGUUAUGGCAGAGAUGACAGAGAUUACAGGAGAGAUCGUGACAGAGAUUAUGACAGGGGGUAUGGUAGGGAGCCAGAUAGAGACCCUCGCUCAUUUCCCCCUCCACCUUUAAAUAGGGAUUAUGCCCAAUAUAAAGAAGGUAGUACUCCACCACCGCCUAACAAAGGUGAAUAUGGUGGUAAUAGUGAUUAUGGAAAUACUUAUAAAACCCCACCUCCAUCAGGCGAUAACUAUGACCAACAUGAUUAUAACAACAGGGGCCCACCAAGUUCCCUACCACCUCGCAAUAAUCAACAAAGAAAUGAUAAUAGAGGUUCUGGUCCUCUUCCACCACGUGAUAAUGAACCAGAAGGUUAUAACAAUAGAGAUUCUCCCGGCCCUCUCCCACCGCGUAAUAAUCAACAAGGGUAUGAUGAUAGAGCCCCCCCUGGCCCUCUCCCACCACGUAAUGGCAAUCAACCGUUACCUGCUUCUAACUAUUAUCAAGGUACUUCGCAACAAAGGAAUACUGAUCAGCAUCCAUCGGAUAGCUAUUAUAAUACUAAUGACUAUAAUUCACAACAAUCUCAAAAUGAUUAUAAUCAACAACGUCCAGUUAGCAGAGGAUACAACCAAGCUACACUUCCAGUCCGUAAUAAUGACUACCAAUCUUAUGAUGAUGGUGAUACGCGUUCGCAACAAAAUCCAGGCCCUGUAUUUGAAGUUAAGCCUUUUAAUAGAGAGGAGAAUGAAAGAUUGAAAGAAGAAAAUAAACCUAAGGUGAAUCAAGUAGAUGUUUCAAAUCUACCACCACCUCCAAUCCGUAAGGAUAUUUCAAAUGUUACUAAUUGCAGCAAUAAUAACUCGGCGGCUUGGCAAGGAUCUAACGCAAGUAAUAAUGCCAAUGAAGCAGCAAAUAAUAAUACUGGUUCCAACCAACCUCCUGGAUUGCCAUCGAGAGACUCUAGUAGCAAUACAAACAAUACUCCAAAAGCUGCAGUGGUUGGCGGCUCAUAUAAUUAUAACGUUGAUGUUGGAUUUGCUCCUCCUCCCAAACCCUAUAGAAGUGAUGAUAGUAGGACUGAACCAAAUAAACCUAUCCCUAACCCUACGGCAAAUACUGUUUUACCUCCACCUCCAGGCCCUUCUGACUCGACUAAUGAUUAUAAUGCUGGCUCAAAUGUACCUCCCAGCUUACCUUCUCGUGACUCUGGAAUUAAGGUUUUAAAUCCAGAACCUAUUCAAAUUUUAAGCCCUGAACCAAUUCAGCCAAUUGAUAGUGUGAAACCUGCUCGUCUACAACAAUUACCAGUAGAUUCCUUUAAUCCACCUCCACAACCUUUUAGAAGGGAUACUCAACGAGGCAAUAGUAACUCACCAAGCCCAAGCUUACCCAAUAGAUCUGGCCCAGAAAAUAGACGAGGAUCUGACGAUGAUGAUCGAUUAAAUGAUUUACCUCCAAGAGGUGAUCCUGAUUUGAGAAGAUCAAAUUCACGUAGAGAUGAUAGACCACAUAAAGAUGAUGGUUACGGUAUGGAUGAAGGUAACCAUCCUACAAGAUCAUCUAGAGAUAGGCCUGACAGAAGAAGAGAUAAUGAGGACGAUGAUAGAUAUAAUAAACAUCAUAACUCACGUAGAGAUAGUGACUGGGAUGAUUAUGACUCAAAAUCUCGGAGACCACGCAGAGGAGGUCCAAGAGACGAAUGGGACGAAGAAGAGCAAAGCUCCGGUGUUAAGGGCUUCUUCAGCGGCAUAGGUAGUAAGCUGAGAGGUAAAGAAGAUGAUGAAGAUGAUGACUAUUAUGAAGGGGAAAAUAGGAAACCUCCUCCAAAAUCGCGUAUGGCUGCUGAAGAUAAAUAUGGUAGAGAGCCCUCUGGUAGAGCUAGAAUGUCUAAUGAUAGAGAUAUCGAUUCACGCAAGCCACAAUCAAGAAGGGAUACUAGAAGUGGGGAGGAUGAAAAAGGAUUUGGAUUUUUAAGUAAAUUUGGUGGUGGUCAACGUUCAAACGAGGACGAUGAGGACGAUGGAAGAAGAAGAGCUCCUAGUGGGAUGGUGAGAGACUAUGAUGAUGGGGAUGAUUACAAUCGUAAUUCAAAAUCAGAUAGGAGCCGUAGGGAUGAAAAAGAGGAAGAAAAAGGUUUUGGUUUCUUGAGUAAAUUUGGUGGUGGUAGUCGUUCAAAUAAUGAUGAUGAAAUGGAUGCUGAUGCUGAUGCUGAUGCUGAUGGAUAUAACAGCAGAAGGAAUCCACAUUCUAAUUCUCGUAAAGAAGGCAGAGAUUAUAAUAAUAGAAAUGGAAGAGAUGGCCCACGCAGAAAUAAUAGAAUAGAUGACGAUUGGGAUGAUGAUAAAGAUAAUCGUUUACCUCCAAAGUUUCGUAGACCAGAUGAUAAAGAGGACGACAGAAGUCGUCCCGAAGAUUCAACUUAUAACAGAUAUGACAAUAAAGGAGGAAAUCGUUUACCACCCAAAUCUCGCAGACCAGAUAAUUUUGAACAUGAUAAUUGGGAUGAGGAUAGAAAUAGAAAGUGGGAUGAUGAAAAAGGAUACGAUGACCGUAACAAAAGGCAGAAUCAAAUAAAUGAUGCACCUCCACCAGCAGGAAGAAGACCUGAUCAAAUCGAUGAUGCCCCUUCACCGGCAGGAAGAAGGCCUGAUCAGUAUAAUGAUGCUCCUCCACCAACAGGUAGAAGACCAGAUCAGUAUGAUGACGCUCCUCCACCAGUAGGCAGAAAUGCUGAUCAACAAUACAACGCACCAUCUUCGGUCAAUAGAAGAGCAUCUGAUAACCCUUCUCCUCAUCCAGCUACUCAACCAGCUACUCAACCAGUUAGAAUUGUAAUGGAAGAUCGUGACAUUUCUUCUCCUCCUCCAACGCACAACAGAAACACUGAACUUGACAAUGAUAGAGCUUCUCAGUAUGAAAGCAAACGAAAUACUGAUCGUGUUAUGAUGAAUUCUAAUCGUCAAGAUGAUACGUCUACUACUACAGAUACCUCUACGAUGGUUACUGCAAGUUCUACCUUACCCGUAAUGGGUGAUAUUAGUAAAAUAAAGUUAAGGAAUACUGGCUCCAACUUUUUAAAAGAUGAUUCUUCUGUGACCGAACAAAUUGAAUCCAAAAAGAAAAACUCUGAUGAUUAUUCUUCUAAUCUUAAAAGAAACGUUUCUAAGCCGCCAGAUUCUAAAUCUUCUAUCCAAGAAGAAGAAGAGCCUGACUUUAUGACUAUUAGAAAUAGAUUAAAUAAAACUUCAUUUAGUGAUACAGUUAAAGAGAGAACUUCUUCGUCAUCUAAUCCGGUUAUUGACUCUGAACUAACAUCACCAGCAUCAAAAUUUUCUACUAGAGUAACGUCACCCCAAAUAAAUUCUGAUAAAACACCUCCAAAUGUUCCAAGGAAAGCUUUUAGUAGCGGUGUAAAGAAGAUACCACCUCCAGUGGCGGCCAAAAAGCCAAAUUUAGACGUCUCUAAAAAGUCACCACCUCCUGUUGCACCAAAGAAGCCUGUUAUUUUUGAAAAAAAGAAUGAUCUGCUUACAGUUACAAAUAGAUUCCAAGAAAUUUCUACCCCUAAAACAUCUACACCUCCAAUUGUUGGUAAGAAACCUAUCGUAUCAAACCAUAUUUCAUCACUUAAGCCUGGCAUUAUAAACACUGGUGACGAGCCUGACUUUAACAUAUUUAAAAGAAAUUUAAAGCAUGUUCCAACAACUCCCAUUGAAGAUAAAAAUGAUAAAGAUGAGGAUGAUUGGGAUAACGAUGACGAUAAAGCACAAAAACCAAGAGUAGAGCCACGUUCUUCAGAGCCUGCACCUAUAAGAAGAUCAAACCCUCCACCUCCACCUCCACCACAUGGUUCGAAACCAAUUGUUAAGCCAAGAGCUCCUGCACCCCCUCCAAAAGCAAGACAUAUUAGUAACGUCAAUCAAAAUAACUCUUCAAAUGAAGAUCAAGAAGAAUCUAAUCCAUUUGAACGGUACCUAAAAGCUGCUGUCCCAACUGAAGAGGAUAGAUUACACAAGAACUAA